AUGGCGCCAGCCCUAAUCGAAUAUGACUUGUCCUCAUACCUGUUUGAAGAGUACGAAAACAUGACUAUUCUCGUUGGAAAGGCCCUGUCAUGGGCUAUCACCACCACUGCAGGAAGUGGGUUCCUGCUAUUCGGCUAUGAUCAGGGUGUCAUGUCUGGUCUCCUGACAUGGACUGCUUUUACUCGAACCUUCCCGGAGAUUGACACCACUGCUACCGGACACGGUAGUUCGUCGCUGCAGGGGACGGUCACUGCCAUCUAUGAGAUCGGAUGCUUCUUCGGGGCUAUUAUUGCCCUGUUGAUUGGUGAACGCAUCGGACGACGCAUGUGCAUCAUCGCUGGCUGUAUCAUUCUUUCGAUCGGAGCUGCGUUGCAAUGCAGUGCGUAUAGUAUCCCUCACUUGAUCGUGGGACGGAUAGUGGCCGGUGUUGGAAAUGGUCUCAAUACUAGUACAAUUCCGGUUUGGCAUUCGGAGCUGAGCAAGGCAGCAAGCCGUGGAAAGGGGCUUGCGAUUGAGCUUUGCAUCAACAUCUUUGGCGUGAUGACAGCAUACUGGGUUGAUUACGGAAUGAGCUACGUGGUCAACGACGCGCAGUUUCGCUUCCCCAUUGCCUUGCAGAUUCUCUUUGCCGUUAUCACAUUAGCAGGCAUUAUCGUGCUUCCCGAGUCUCCUCGCUGGCUUAUUGCCCACGGCCGACACGAGGAAGCGCGACAUGUCAUCUGGGCUGUCCAACCCAACGCCCGACUGAUCGACGAAGAUGAUGCUGCAGUGACCGCCGACGUUACAGAAAUAACCACCGCUAUCGCUGAAGAGCGAGAGGCUACGCAAGAAGGGUCCUUCAAGCUGGUCUUCACGAACGGCCACCAGAAGUUCUUCUACCGGACGCUGCUGGGAAUGGGUGGCCAGAUGAUGCAACAGCUGUCGGGUGUCAAUCUGAUUACAUAUUACAAUACGGUUAUCUUCGAGGAUUCGGUUGGCAUGAGCCAUAACCUGGCGUUGUUGAUGGCUGGGUUCAACGGCGUGGCCUACUUUGCCUCGACGUUUGUCCCUAUCUGGGCUAUUGAUCGGCUGGGCCGUCGGAAGUUGAUGCUCUUCGCGGCGGCUGGGCAAUGCGCAUGCAUGGCGAUACUGGCGGGCACAGUAUAUGACGGCAGUCACGCAUCUGGUAUCGUGGCCACGGUCAUGCUGUUUUUGUUCAACUUUUUCUUUGGAGUGGGAUUGCUGGCCAUUCCCUGGUUGUUGCCCGCCGAAUAUGCCCCGCUGUCUAUUCGAUCUCAAGCUGCGGCUCUCGCAACCGCUACAAACUGGAUCUUUACCUUCCUGGUGGUGGAAAUCACUCCGGUCAGCAUCAAGAGCAUCGGCUAUCGCACGUAUAUUUAUUUUGCCGUGUUCAAUUUCUUCUUCCUCCCACUGAUUUACUUCUUUUACCCGGAGACACGGAACCUGACCCUGGAACAAGUGGACCGGUUAUUCACCGGGGAAAAGGUCCAGCUGCACUGGCACGCGUCAAUGGGUGCCGUUGGGGAUGCGAGCGAGCGAGUGGACGAGAAGACAACCAAGGGAAGUGUAGAGCAUGUAGAGUAG